CCAGACCACCACAGGGCUCCAUGAGGAUUUAUGGAAGAUGCUCCGUGUCUUGGCGCCUCUGGUGCUCCUUCUGCUGUGGCUGAUGAGGAUCUGGGCCAGCCCCCAUUCCCUGAGGAUUGCUGCCAUCCUGGAUGACCCCAUGGAGUGCAGCAGAGGGGAGAGGCUCUCCAUCACCCUGGCCAAGAACCGCAUCAACCGCGCGCCCGAGCGGGCGGGCAAGGCCAGGGUGGAGGUGGACAUCUUCGAGCUGCUGCGGGACAGCGAGUACGAGACAGCAGAGACCAUGUGCCAGAUUCUCCCCAAAGGUGUGGUGGGAGUUCUGGGACCUUCCUCCAGCCCAGCCUCCAGCUCGAUUAUCAGCAACAUCUGCGGGGAGAAAGAGGUUCCUCACUUCAAAGUGGCUCCGGAGGAGUUCCUGAAGCUGCAGCUCCAGAGGUUCACCACCCUCAACCUCCACCCCAGCAACACCGACAUCAGCGUGGCCGUGGCAGGAAUCCUGAAUUUCUUUAACUGCACCACUGCCUGCCUCAUCUGUGCCAAAGCUGAAUGCCUUUUAAACCUGGAGAAGCUGCUGCGGCAGUUCCUCAUCUCCAAGGACACGCUGUCGGUGCGGAUGCUGGAUGACAGCCGGGAUCCCACCCCGCUCCUGAAGGAGAUCCGAGAUGACAAGACAGCCACCAUCAUCGUCCAUGCCAACGCCUCCAUGUCCCACACCAUCCUGCAGAAGGCAGCUGAACUGGGGAUGGCAUCUGCCUAUUACACCUAUAUCUUCACUAAUCUGGAGUUUUCCCUCCAGCGCCUGGACAGCCUGCUGGACGACCGAGUCAACAUCCUGGGAUUCUCCAUUUUCAACCAGUCUCAUGCCUUCUUCCAAGAGUUUGUCCAGAGCCUCAACCAGUCCUGGCAGGAGAAUUGUGACCACGCUCCUUUUACUGGGCCAGCACUGUCCUCGGCGCUGCUGUUCGACGCCGUGUACGCCGUGGUGACGGCGGUGCAGGAGCUGAACCGCAGCCAGGAGAUCGGCGUCAAGCCCCUGUCCUGCGGCUCAGCACAGAUCUGGCAGCACGGCACCAGCCUCAUGAACUACCUGAGAAUGGUAGAAUUGGAAGGUCUCACCGGCCACAUCGAAUUCAACAGCAAAGGCCAACGCUCCAACUACGCCCUGAAAAUCCUGCAGCACGCUCGUGGUGGCUUCCGGCAGAUUGGCCACUGGCACGUCUCUGAAGGGCUCAGCAUGGACAACAGGAUCUUCUCCUCCAACAUAUCCGACAGCCUGUUCAACACCACGCUCAUUGUCACUACCAUCCUGGAAAACCCUUACUUAAUGCUGAAGUGGAACCACCAGGAGCUGGAAGGCAACGACCGCUAUGAGGGUUUCUGCGUGGACAUGCUGAAGGAGCUGGCAGAGAUCCUGCGCUUCAACUACAAGAUCCACCUGGUCGGGGACGGCGUCUACGGAGUCCCCGAGGCCAACGGCACCUGGACAGGGAUGGUCGGGGAGCUGAUAGCUCGGAAAGCUGAUCUGGCCGUGGCGGGGCUGACGAUCACGGCGGAGCGGGAGAAGGUGAUUGAUUUCUCCAAGCCCUUCAUGACUCUGGGAAUUAGCAUUCUCUACCGAGUUCACAUGGGCCGCAGACCCGGCUAUUUCUCCUUCCUGGACCCCUUUUCUCCGGGCGUCUGGCUCUUCAUGCUGCUCGCCUACCUGGCUGUCAGCUGUGUCCUCUUCCUGGUGGCUCGGCUGACACCUUACGAGUGGUACAGCCCCCACCCCUGCUCCCAAGGUCGAUGCAACCUCCUGGUGAACCAGUACUCCCUGGGGAACUCGCUGUGGUUCCCGGUGGGGGGGUUCAUGCAGCAGGGCUCCACCAUCGCCCCCCAGGCUCUGUCCACGCGCUGCGUCAGCGGGGUCUGGUGGGCAUUCACCUUGAUCAUCAUCUCCUCCUACACGGCCAACCUGGCAGCGUUCCUGACCGUGCAGAGGAUGGACGUGCCCAUCGAGUCCGUGGAUGACCUCGCUGACCAGACGACCAUCGAGUACGGCACCAUCCACGGCGGCUCCAGCAUGACCUUCUUCCAAAACUCCCGCUACCAGACGUACCAGCGGAUGUGGAAUUACAUGUACUCCAAGCAGCCCAGCGUCUUCGUGAAGAGCACGGAGGAAGGGAUCGCGCGCGUGCUGAACUCCAACUACGCCUUCCUGCUGGAGUCCACCAUGAACGAGUAUUAUCGGCAGCGCAAUUGCAACCUCACGCAGGUCGGGGGCCUUCUGGACACCAAGGGCUACGGGAUUGGCAUGCCCGUCGGCUCCGUGUUCCGCGACGAGUUCGACCUGGCCAUCCUCCAGCUGCAGGAGAACAACCGCCUGGAAAUCCUGAAGCGCAAGUGGUGGGAAGGAGGGAAGUGCCCCAAAGAGGAGGACCACAGAGCCAAAGGCUUGGGGAUGGAGAACAUUGGUGGAAUCUUCGUGGUGCUCAUCUGUGGCUUAAUCGUAGCAAUUUUUAUGGCGAUGCUGGAAUUUUUGUGGAGCCUUCGACACUCUGAGCAGUCGGAGGUGUCGGUGUGCCAAGAGAUGGUGACGGAGCUGCGCAACAUCAUCCUGUGCAAGGACAGUUUCCACCCCCGUCGGAGGAGAGGGGGGGUGGUACGGACUCGCCCCGCUCUGCCCGAGGAGCGCCGAGCCCGCAGCACAACCACGCUCAGCAACGGCAAGCUGUGCAGCGGGGGCGAGCCAGACCCCCUGGCACAAAGACUGGCACAAGAGGCCGCCCUGGUCGCCCGGGGCUGCACCCACAUCCGCGUGUGCCCCGAGUGCCGGCGCUUCCAGGGGCUCCGGGCGCGGCCGGCCGCGGGGUCGCCGGCGCGGAGCGAGGAGAGCCUGGAGUGGGACAAGGCCACCAACAGCAGCGGGCCCGAGUAACGCCAGGCCCGGGGGCGUCGGGGUGGGACGAGAGGGUCCUGUUCCAUUUUACAGAACACGGACUUGUACAAUGUCAACUCGU